GCUCUGCGGAAGUUUACCGCCGUAGUAGAUCAAUUCGCUCAGCCCUCCAAGUUGUUUACUUCUUGUCAAUCACUCAACUCGAAGCUCUUUAGCAUCCAACGGAGGGAGAGCUGCCCAUUAAUGAAGAGGGAGGAGCCAGACUGCGUCGAGGGGCCGGUGGAGAGAAAAGGCGGCGUCUUAAGGAAAAAUUCCGACGUGCACAGCUGGUUCCGUUUUCUGGUGACCCGAAGCAAGAUGUCUGGGGAAUUCGCUAGAAGCUUGGGGAAAGGAACUCCUGCUCCAGGACCAGUGCCUGAAGGAACCAUCCGUCUGUACAGUAUGCGUCACUGCCCUUUUGCACAGAGAACAGUACUCGUCCUAAAAGCCAAAGGAAUCAACCAUGAAAUUGUAAAUAUCAAUUUGAGAAACAAACCAGACUGCUUUUUUGAGAAGAACCCACUUGGAAUGGUACCUGUGCUAGAAACAAGCAAGGGUCAGCUGAUCAGUGAAUCUCCAAUCACUUGUGAAUAUUUGGAUGAAGUUUACCCAGAAAAGAAGUUGUACCCUGCAGAUCCUUAUGAAAAAGCUUAUCAGAAAAUGCUUCUAGAAUACUUCUCCAAGCUACAUCCAAUGUGCUUUGACUAUAUUCGGGCUUUCAGGAAUGGUGAAGAUGCAUCAGCAUUAAAGAAGGAGUUCCAGGAGAAGAUUCUAAAGCUUGAAAAGAUGCUCGCAAACCACAAAACUAAGUUUUUUGGUGGAAAUUCAGUAUCCAUGAUUGAUUAUCUAAUCUGGCCAUGGUUUGAACGGAUGGAGGCCUUUCAGUUAAUUGAAUGUUUGGACCAUACUCCAGGGUUAAAAUGCUGGGUUGAUCUGAUGAAGCUUGAUCCAGCUGUUCAGGCCACAAUAACUGAUCCUCAAAUCUUCAAGGGCUUCCUUGAAUUAUAUUUCAAUAGUAGUCUUGAGGCCUGUGAUUAUGGGCUCUGAAAACUAUGGAAAGCUUUUUCAGUGGAUGACAAGGGGUAUUGAUACCUAUUGCUCCAGCGUGUCAUCUGAUAUUUGAAAUGCUUUGCUCAGCUUUGAUAUUUUUUGUGGUAUGCUAUUCAACCAGUAUAUAAUUGCAAUGAGAUGGUAAUUAUCUGCAAUAAAUUAUCUGCAAAGAUGGCAUGAAUUAAGCUUAGAAAUUAGUAGGCUGUGCUGUGAACUAAAUGCUUAUGAGCAAAUCCAGAUUUUCCUGGAAGGAUGUUUUAAGAGAAGGAGGCAGGAGAAUUCCAAGAACAUUGGAAGUACUGUAGAUUUAUAUUCAAUCACUAAUAUAUGUGUAUCAACAGCAAGUCAAAAGAUUGAACUAUGGAGGCUUUGCAUGAAAAACCUGUGCUUUAUUAUAGCUAUAGCCUUCCAUUUUGUAUCCCCUUAUUUAGGCAACUGGAUAGGAAAUUAGAACAAAGUGGCAUGCAUAGAAAACUAUUGUCCCUAGCCUAGAGCAAAGGGUCCCUUGGUCUGGGAAGUUACUUUGGUUCUUCUGUAUUAUUUUUCAGUUUGGCAAAGUGAUGAACUAUGACCAUUUUUGAGAGCAUCUAAAAAUAUAAUUCUCACAGUUCCCCAGAUGUUUUCAGUUUUAGGUUUUGCAUAAAGAGCCAGCAUAUCCAAAUAUAAUGUUGCUAAGACAAAUUACAGGUAUUCCUCACUUAUCAAGCUUUUCUUUAGCAACUGUUUGAAGCUACAACACACUGAAAAAAGUGACUUAUGAUCAGUCUUUGCCCUUACAAUUGUCAGAGUCUCUCCACAAUCAUGUGAUCAUCAUUUGAGAUCUUGGCAGCUGUUGUACAUUUAUGACGGGAAUAACAUCCUCAGUUGCCAUUUGUGAUCUUCCCAGACACUUUCAGCAAGCAAUAUCACUAUAUUAGUAUAGUAUAUGUAGAUGAAAUCAGAUUGGUGAAGGCAACUAUAUAGAAAGCAUUUGGUUUUGUUGGCUUGCACUUAAAUUGAGAUCAGUAUGAUAAAUGCACGUUUCUAGUUUUGAUUUACUUGCAUUUACCUCAGGACACAACCUGCUAUCUCAGGCUUGAACUUACCUUUGUCAGUUUCAACCAUAAAUUUAUUGUUCCAUAUUUAAGUCUUGACUUUAAAGUAAAAUUGAAGUAUUAGAUAGUGUCUCUUUAGUUCAGGUGUUAGGGUUUGUCUAAUCAAAUUUGGCCAAAUAUUCUAUUCAAUUCAAUUCAAUUCAAUUCAAUUCAAAUUGAGCGCAAUAUUCUUUUCUAACCCAUGUUCCCAUCUGGUUCAGGAAACUUUGCAUUUGGUUCAAGAAAUUUUGCAUACUUGUUUCCUUACCUGGUGCUGGUUUGUAGCAGCAUGAGUAUUCUCCAAGGUAAUAAUGUUUGAAAAGCAGGUUAACUUAGAUAAGUACAGUUGCAUCAAACAUGAAGCCCCAUAUAAACGAGAUGUACACCUACAUGGUACAAGGUUGAACACAUUUUCCUGAAAAUUUAUGCAUACUUAACUAAUGCAUAAUUACAGGCUCAAAAUAACAAAACCGUAACAAAACCACGAA